AUGUACAAAGGAGAUAUUGAAUCAUUAAUAUCAUAUUCUAAGAGAAAUGAAUUAAUAAGAGAUAAUAGAAGUUCAUUUGAUAUUAAUAACUUUCAAUAUAUUAAAUCAUUAAUUGAUAAAAUUAUUAUUUCUGAUGAACUAGAGGUACAUGAAGAAAAAGAACAACUUAAAGAAAAGGAAGUAGAAGAAGAAAUAGAAACAUCACCAAUUCAAGAAGAUACUGAUGAAUGGGUAACUGUUGGAAAAGGAGUUUCAUGGAAAAAGAUCAAACAAAAUAAAAAACAAAAAAUUAAUGAAAUUCUUAUAGUAGAAAAAGAUAAUGAAGAAGAAGAAGAAAGUGAUGAAGAACCAAAAAGCAAAGAGACUAAAGAAAAAGAAGUUAAAGAAGAAAAUAAAAAAGGAAAAGAAAUAGGUAGUACUGAAGAAGAAAAGAAGGAAAAUAAAAAGGUUUUGUCUAAAAGAGAAAUUGAAAAGAAGAAAAUGAAAGAAAUGGAAGAAAGACGAAGAGAAAUGGAACUUGAACGACAAAAAAAAGAAGAAGAGGAAUUAAGAAAACUUGAAGAAGAACAAAUGAAAGAAGGAGAUGAAAGUGAUAAUGAAAGUAGUGAAAAAACCAAAACAAAAGAAAGUAAUGAAAUUAAUAAAAGAAAUGAAUCAGAAAGAAGUCAUUCAUCAAGUAAAAAGAAGAAUAAUUCAAAAGGAAAAAAGAAAGGUUCAAAGAAGAAAAGUGGAACCAAAAAACAAAAUGUUUCACCUUCUAUUAAUGAAUCUAAAAAAUCAGAACUGUUAGAACCAUCAUCUAAACCACCCUCUCGUCCUAUUCCUAAUAAUAAAAGAAGAACAUCUAUUGAUCCAUUAGAACAAUUAGAAAAUAAAGUAAAAGAAUUACAUAAAACAUAUUUAAUGCUUGUACAGAAAUCUAAUAUUCAACUUCAAGUAUUAAAUGAACGAAAAAUAGAAAUUCAACCAAUAACAUGUCAAUAUCCAGAUUCAUAUUUUAUGGUUGACCAUUAA